UUAUUUAGAACAAAUUUUAUAUUAACUACCCACUAAACAAAAUAAUAACCACAAGCUAAUUUGUAUUCCAUUCUAUGCACCAAUCAAAUUAUUUUGUAAAUAGUUUAUCGUGAAAUAUUUUUGCCAAAUGAAACAUUUGGCAAAACAUACUUUGCCAAACAAUAAUUUGCUAAACAAUAAUAUGCCAAAAACGACAUUUGCGAAUUAAAAGUUUGAAAUAAGUUGUUUUGCCAAAUGAAAAUUUGCGAAACGUUGUUUGCGAUGUGAUAAUUUGGGAAACGUUUUUUUGGCCAAACAUUAGUAAUCCCUUUCAACGACUAAAGUUCUACGACAUAAAGUACCUAUGUACUAUCGGCAACAGUGUUAACUGCCUAUUGCCAGUCAUGUCAUCUCGUUCUGUCGCAAAGAAUCACCAUUUGAUGAGAGCGAGAGCAAAAACGUUAAUGGAUAGUUAACAGUGUGGCCGUGUGUACAUCUGUUUUAUUCGUAACUGAGGAAUUUAGUACAUGCUGCUAUUCUGAUACCAGAUUAUUCACGCGAUUGUUGAACGGGUUAAAACUUCUUUUUUGCUGUAACAACUCACAGUCGCAACUUAAUAGUUAUGUAGGCAAGGUGUUCAGUUAUGAGUGCGUGGUUUUGAAAAAUAAAUAUUUACGCUCAUUUUUAAUAUAUUUCGAGUAAAAUGGGAGGUGACAGUGAUAACAAUAAAUUUCCAUGGAAGUUAUUUCUGAGACAGGCGAUGGUGUGCAGUUUGGCGUGGACGUUUUACUUCAUGUUCGGUCUUGUGCUGGGCACGCCGACCGUCACCAUUCCGCAGCUGCGGGCCAACUCCACGACCCUCGUGAGCGAUGCGAUGGCGUCGUGGAUAUCUUCCAUCGUCGGCUACAUCGGGAUGAUAUGGGUUUUUGUAAUGACCAUUUCCGCGCACCUAUUUGGCCUCAGAAAGACUAUAUCACUGCAAGCUACCAACGCGUGUGUGGCGUUUGCCGUUCUCUUCUUCAGCCGGGACGCGGUACAAGUGCUGGUCAGCCAGGUCAUCCACGGCGCCACGGCCGCCAGCCAGACCUCCACCAUGCUACUCCUUCUCACAGAAUGCACCACCCCCAAAUACCGUGGCCUGUUCAUCACCAUCAAGUCUGCUUCCUUUUUUUGGGGCAUCUGGGUGGCCAACGCUCUGGGAAUAUACUUCCCUUACAAUUACAUAGGGUUACUCGGCGUCCUUUGUAACGUGUAUGUCUUUAUUAUCAUGCUUGUGAUGCCCGAGUCGCCUUACUGGCUGGCGAAAAAGGAGAAGUACGAUAUAUGCGCUAAGUCUCAUCGCUGGUUGAAGGGAGCCGGCGACGAGUCGGAAAAGGAAUUAGAAUCUUUGAUAGCCGUUCAGAGAGAAUACAAAAGUUGCAGCAAGCCCAAAAAAUCGUUGCUCCAAUAUAUUAAAAUCUACACUUCUGCUGUUUGCCAGCCAGAGACGUAUAAGCCGCUCGCUCUAACCUUUCUGAUGCACAGCAUGUACCACAUGUCAGGGAAAUUGGUGUUUACCAUUUAUUCUAUUGAUAUUUUAAAAAAGAUUACAGGUAGCCAGUCCACAGCCCAUAUAGGAAUGUUAGUAUUGGACGGAAUUACCGUUUUGGGGAUGUACACUGGAUGUGGUCUGACUAGAGUAUUGAAAAGGCGGACCAUGUUAUUGGGAGCAACGUCCAUAGCUACAACGUUUCUAUUCAUAAUUUCCGCCUACUUAUACAUGAUUCGGUUUGGCGUAAUAAUUGAGAACGGAUAUGUUUCUGUGGCAUUGCUGAUGGCGUUUUCGUUGGCCAUAGCCUGCGGGCCGUUGAUAAUGUCAUCGUCCAUUGGCGGUGAACUGUUGCCUAUACGGUUUAGGAACUUCUGUUUGUGUAUAGGGGCGUUCUUCACUAUUUUAAUCUUGGGGAUCAGUCUGAAGAUCGCUCCGAGUGUAAUGAAAUGGUUCGGCACUGAAGGCUCUUUUCUCUUUUUCGCGAUCACCUCAACGAUCCUGAUAGUAAUUGCGUACAAAUAUUUGCCCGAGACCAAAGAUAAAACGCUCCUAGAAAUAGCAGAACAUUUUAGGAAAGAGCAAGUAUUGCAAUCUGAAGUAGAGUCGCUGACAAAACAUAAUGUAAACCAAAGGCAAUUGUAGUUUUAAGUAACCUAGUA